AAUCAGGGGAAUGGCAUGAGAUUUAAAGGAAAUAAAGGAAAUAAAAAGAUGUCCACUAGAGCUCAUCGUGUGUUUUCAGAGGGGGUUUAUUUCCCGCCUUUCACAUGUACGAAUGAAACGCUUUGCCCGGAGUAUCAGACUGUUCAUUAUCGAUCACAGACUUCUGCUUUUUGUUGCUGAACGGACCGCUCGGUUCCUCGGCUCUUUUAUUGUGAAGAGUCUGACCGGACGUGGUGUAGCGGGUGUCGUGGUUUCCGGACAGAUCGGUCCCGCCUCCUGUCACUCAGCAGACAUGGCGGAGUACAGCCAGGCGGGCCUCCUGGCGGCUCUGCUCCUCUUCACGGCCCUCACGGUCCGGGACAUUUACCUCGGCAGAACGAGCCCGCAGCGCGGACAGCAGGCGGCCGACGGCCCCGGCUUCUCCCCGGACAGCCCGCCGGACACGGAGCCCGGGAGACCCGCCAAGCCGUCCCUGUACACCGGGCCCACGCUCCGGUUCCAGUACUGUAUCUCCUGAGGAUACAGUAAAGUGUUCCAGGAGUACUCGCGGGCGAUCAGCCAGCUGUACCCGGACAUCCGCAUCGAGGGAGAAAACUACCCCCCAACCCCCUUCAACAGGUGUGUCGGGAACCUGAUCUCCUACCUGAAGCUCCUCGCCAUCCUGCUGAUCGUCAGCGGUCAGAAUCCCUUCGUCCUCCUCGGACUCGACACUCCCAGAGCCUGGACCUGGAGCCAGGACAACAAGAUCUUCUCCUGUCUGAUGGCCUUCUUCCUCUGUAACAUGAUGGAGACUCACUUCCUGUCUACAGGAGCCUUCGAGGUCACACUGAACG